CGAGAAAAGGUCUUCAGCGCCCUCUGUUGGCUAGUAGCAUAUUAUUUUUGACGUAUUUCUGGGGAAGUACGCUUUGGUCACUCUUCACCAGCCGGCACUUACCAAAAAGUAAAAAUAAGACAGAAUAAUGGCAGAUAAAAAGGUGGGUGGCAACAAUGACGGCAAGGAGAAGCGACGAAAGGAGUCCAUUCUGGACCUCUCCAAGUACCUGGAGAAACAGAUCCGCGUAAAGUUCGCUGGCGGCCGCGAGGCAUCCGGAAUCCUCAAGGGCUACGAUGCGCUGCUAAAUCUGGUGCUGGACAACACGGUGGAGUAUCUGCGCGAUUCGGAUGAGCCCUACAAACUGACCGAGGAACAGACCCGCAGCUUGGGACUGGUCGUCUGUCGCGGCACAGCCCUGGUCCUCAUUUGUCCACAAGACGGAGUGGAGAGCAUCGCCAAUCCGUUUAUAACUCAAUAGUCGGUUGCGUUCCAGGAGCCACUUGUGGCUGGGAUGCGUUCCAGGAUAUAGACUAAGUACAAAGCUCUUUUGGAAAUCGGUUUAAAUAUAUUUAGCGGAGACAGACAUACGUAUAAA